AUGACUCCCAAGGAUAGCCAUCGUCGCGGCAAGGACGGACGACGUCUAUCUGCUUCGUCUUAUUCUUCUUGCACAGACGGACCGGCCGGCAUGCAACACGACCAGGCGAGAAGCACAGCGUCGCCGCCGUUCCCGCGGCUCUCCAAGCCAUUGGACCGCCUGCGGCCGUCGUACGACUGCGUCGUGAUCGGGUCCGGGUAUGGCGGCGGCGUCGCGGCGGCGCGCAUGGCCCGCGCCGGGCAGUCCGUCUGCGUCCUCGAGAGGGGACGGGAGAGGUGGCCGGGGGAGUACCCGCGGAGCGACAGCGUGCGGCAGGUGGCGAGAGAGCUGCACGUUUCCCGGGGGAGGACCGGAAAGGCCUGCGGGAAGGCGACGGGGAUGUAUCACGUUAUUGCGGGCAAGGGCCAGAGCGCCGUCGUUUGCAAUGACUAUCAACGAGUCAGAGAGGUGUUGGAGCCCGAGCCGUACCCGGACGACUGGCCGACGCCCGACAAGACGGCCCGUCUCGAGCGGCAAGCCCGCGCCCUCGGCCUGGCCGACCGUUUCCGCCGGGUCCCGCAGACGACGCGCUUCCGCGCCGGCCGCAGCUCUGCCGGCGUGCCCAUGGAGGUGUCCACGCUGGCCGGUCAGGACGCGACGGGCGUCAACGACGGGUCCAAGACGACGACGCUGGUGACGUACCUGGCGGACGCCCGGCGCCGGGGAGCGGACGUGUUUUGCGGGUGCGAGGUCCAGCACGUCGAGAAGGCGCCCAGCGGCGGCGGCGGCGGCGGCGGCUACGUCGUCUGGUUUACCGCGCACGACGGGGCGCGGGCCAGGUUUCGCAAGGGCAAGAACUCGGGGUUGAUGUGGGUGCACGCGAAGAAGGCGGUGUUUCUCGGGGCUGGGGCGCUGGGCACGACGGAGAUUUUGCUGAGGAGCAAGGCGAUGGGCCUGGCUGUGAGUGACUCGGUCGGGCAGGGCAUGAGCGGGAAUGGUGACAUGGUGGCGUUUGGAUGCUAUCCCAGCCAUGGAGCGAAUGCUAGGAGGAGCCCGAAGAAGACAUUCACGAACCGACCGGGGCCGACCAUCACAUCGGCCAUCGACAUGCGUGACAAGGCUGGUAAUCCACUCGACGGAUACAUCAUCCAAGACGGAGACGUCCCGCAUGUGAUGUCGGCAUUUGUCAAGACCGUGGUCUGCACCCAUGCAACGCUUUCAUCAUUGUCGAAACGGUCGAUUCGGCAAAAGAUGAAAUGGGCCCUUUCAAGAUGCAAGAAGAGACUGCUACAUCCAUUCUCUCCCAUAGGCACCACCAAGGACAACAUCCAAGUGUUCUUGAUCAUGUCUCAUGACAGCAGCCAGGCGGCAGCUCGGCUGGUUGACGAUGAGCUCGUCUUUGAGUUUCUCGGGGCCGGCCAGGAUGAGGAACGGAUCGAGCGAAUACUGGCACCGCUCAGGGAAGCGGUCGAGGAAGAUGGCGGCACGCUGGUCUACAAUCCAUUGCGCCGACUCUGGGGCAACCACCAAAUCACCGUUCAUCCUCUUGGCGGUGCUGGCAUGUCCACGGACAACAGCGGCAAGAGUGGCGUCACGAACCACCUAGGGGAAGUCUUUGUCGGUCCUUCGUCCGAGACGCAUCCUGGUCUGAUUGUUGUCGAUGGCGCGGCAGUUCCGGCUGCGCUGGGGGUGAACCCGAGCGCCACGAUUGCCGCGCUUGCUGAGAGAUCCGUUGCUGAAUUUGCUGAGAGAGAGUCGCUGGCAAUUUCUACCGAGCCAAACGGCAGCAUCGACCCUGACGAGUUCCUUCCUGCCCACCGACUUGGCCCAGAGCCAAUUCAACCCAGUACCCAGACCGUCAAAGAACCUGCCGAUACCAUCUCCUUUACGGAAGCUUUGGAGGGCUACCUUCAUGGCAGCAGGACUCUCGAGUUGCGCAACAAUACAUCAUACAAACGGGCAUAUCGUGUGGCAAGCGGUGGAGGAGAAGUAGCACGGCUAUUGGUGAGCAUUCAGCUUAAGCGGACUUCCACAGGAGACUCGGAAACCUGCUACAAAGGCACCAUGUCUGGUAUGCUGGUGUGUCCCACCAUCACAGGCUCGCCAUUCAUGGUCCAUGGUGGCACCGUGGAGUUGUUCCGGCCGGACCCGGAGACAUGCGGGACGAGAAAGAUCGUCUACGACUCUCCCAUGACGGGGAUUAAUGGACGGGAGCUACAAUUUCACGGGUUCAAGAUCCUCGACUCAUCUGUCUCGUUCAAUCCCAGGCGGUUAUGGCGGACCAUGACCAACCUGAACGUAACCAUUGUCGAGAAGGGCAAAAUGACAGACAGCGGAGAGCCCCAGACAGUGGCCGCGGGCAUGUUGAAAAUAAAGCCUGCCAAGUUCCUAAAGCAACUACGCACCAUUACCUCAACGGGACAAGGCCGAGCGGAGAGGUACAAGCAGGCACUGAAGCUGUCGUCACACUUCGCCCGCCAAAUGGCGCCGCACUUCUUCCUGCCGCUGGGACCGCUCGAGCGCCCCAUCCCGCCGCCACCAGUCGGCUUCCCGAACCCGACGGAGCCUACCGCCACCUACCGGAUCGUCGCCUCCGACGGCGUGGCCACCAAGAUGCUCAUGUGGGAGCCGGAUCGCCGCCUUGUCCGCCGAGACGUCUUCGGCAGCCCCCUGCCCGUCGAGGACCUCUUCCUGAUCCCCGGCGCCGCCGUCGACCACCGCAUCUUCGCCCUGCCCACCCUACCCACCAACGCCGUCACAUUCUUCACGCGCGCCGGCUACCGCGUCUUCGUCGUCGUGCACCGCAUCGGCAUCCUCGAGACCACCGACGCCAGCCGCUGGACCACCUACGACGCCCGGCUGGAUAUCCGCGCCGGCCUGGAGAAGCUGCGGGCGGUCCGGGGUGAUGGGCAGAAGGUGUACGUGGUGGCGCACUGUAUGGGCUCGGUGGCGUUGGCGUGCGGUUUGCUGGACGGCACGGUGCCGGCGGGUUGGGUGCGCGGGCUCACAUGCAGCCAGGUCUUCAUGCAUCCCGUCUGGAGCGCGCGCAACGCCCGCAAGGCGCGCUUCCCCGUGCCUCUGGACCAGCUCUACAACGCGCUCUUCGGCCCGUGGUUCCCCUGCCGCUCCGACGGAGGCGGGUUCCGGCAGGCGCUGCUGGACCAGCUGCCGCUCCGGUUGGUCUCUGGAGAGGAGCGGUGCGCGAGCGCGAGCUGUCACCGCGCGACGUUCCUGUUCGGGCGGUGCUGGAGCCACGGCAACCUGGACGAGGCGACGCACCGGCACGUGGACGCGUGGUUCAACGGCGCGGGGACGGCGCUGAUGGGGCUGCUGAUGCGGAUGGGCCGCCGGGGGCGGGUGGCGGCCAACGACGGGCGGGAUCUAACGACGGAGGACAACGUGGAGAGGUUGCGCGGGAUCCCGGUGAUGCUGUUCUCGGGGGGUGAGUCGGACGUGCUCUCGCCGGAGGCGACGGAGAGGACGUACGAGCGGCUGAGCGGCAGGUUCGGGCUGGACGCGGGGACGGGGCGCGGGAGGCUGGAGUACAGGAGGAGGGUGGUGGAGGGGUACGGGCACUUGGACUGCUGGAUGGGACGGUAUGCGUGGAGGGAUGUGUAUCCGAUGGUGUUGGAUGAGGUUGAUAGGGUCGUGAGGGCGGACGAUGUAGAGAAUGGCUUUUUAUAG